AUGACUGCAUCUAUAAGCUUUUCUGAGAAACGACAAAAGAUCCCGUCGUUGAAGGGGAAAAACGAGGCUGUGAGGUACUCGAGGAUCUUUUCACCUUUCCGAACUAUAGGUCUGGUUUCUGAUGGUAAACCAUUUGCAAUUGGAACACUAGGUCAGACUUUUUACAUAGUGACGAUCGUUGGCCACUCUUUCCAGAUUUUUGAUGCUGCCACCUUGCAUUUGUUAUUUGUGUCGUCAACGCAAACCAAAUCGGAGAUCAACUGUGUGGAAGCACACUUCGAGUACGUGUAUUGUGCGUAUGGAAAUAGUGUUGCGAUAUUUAAACGAGGCAGACUCCAGCACGAGAUUCAUCUUCCAGAUAACAAAUCAGUCAUAAUCAAAAUUCUUGUCUUUGGUGAUUACUUGCUUGCGAUCACAUCAUCCAGCAUUUUCGUUUAUGAGAAAAAAAGCACACACGACAAAUAUGCCACCGAGCUGUACACGGAGAUUCCAGUCAACAAAUCGUAUGGAAAUAUCAUUGAUGCGGUCCAUCUUCCGACAUACUUGAAUAAAGUUGUUAUUGCAACUUCGACGAUGCUAUUAUUGAUCAACAUCAGGUCCACGAAGACGAUAUAUGUGACGGAGAACGGCUUGUUUGAUGGUAUCACGUGCCUUGAAGCCUCACCAGCGUUGGACGUUCUUGCUAUUGGUAAUGAUAAUGGCAAGGUCACGCUGUUUAAUAUAAGGAAAGCCCGUGUCUUGCAAAAGAUUUCAACCGGUUCCAACAGCAUCAUCACAUCCAUUUCGUUCAGAACCGACGGACCGUCACAUUUAGUCUGUUCGUUGAGGUCGGGAGCAUUGUUCUUCUACGAUAUGGAAAGAAGAGCACGUGUUCAUGUCAUGCAAAAGGCACACAAGGAGGCCUAUGGUGGAGCAACAAGGGCCUCGUUUUUGAACGGUCAGCCAAUAGUUGUCUCUACCGGUUCCGAUAACAGCUUGAAAGAGUUUGUGUUUGAUCCUGUGCUAUCAUCAACCGAUUCGUCUGUUGUGUCUCCACCACGGUAUCUCAGAUCUCGUGGAGGCCAUUCUGCCCCACCUUGUUCUAUCAUCUUUGCAGACGACAGUUCGCAUUACAUCGAAUCUGCAUCCAGAGACCACACUUUUUGGAUGUUCUCUCUCCGUAAAGAUGCCCAGUCGCAGGAACUUUCCCAGAAGCGGUCCAAGAUGAGGGACGGCAAGCGUGUUGCUGGUGUGGUGUCGCAGUACAGCGGAAAAUUUGCGCCGAUAACGAUGAUUGCACAGGAAAAUGCCCGGGAGGGUGCCUGGGACAAUAUAGUGACAGCCCACCAGCAGGAAACGUUUGCCAGAACGUGGGACUCGAGAAGAAGGAAGGUGGGAAAGUAUGAGCUUCCCACGAUUGACCACGGCAAUGUGUCCUCGGUUGCAAUGACGCAAUGUGGAAAUUUUGCACUUGUUGGCUCGAGUCUUGGAGGAAUAGGCGUGUACAAUAUGCAGAGUGGGAAAAUCAGGAAGCUUUACCGGUUGCAUAAGAAGCCGGUUACUGGAAUAGCCGUUGAUGGAAUGAAUAGAAAGAUGGUGUCGUGUGGCUUGGAUGGAAUUGUUGGUUUCUACGACUUUUCCGAAUCCAAAUACUUGGGAAAGCUCACCCUUGAGGCACCUAUCACACAGAUGGUCUACCAGAGAUCGUCCGAUCUCAUUGCCGCCGCAUUGGAUGAUAUGUCGAUUGUCAUAAUAGAUGCAUCCACGCAAAGAAUAGUCAGGCAUCUAUACGGACAUACUAACCGAAUCACAGCCAUGGAUUUCACACCAGAUGGUCGUUGGUUGGUCUCUGCAUCCUUAGAUGCAACGAUUAGAACCUGGGAUCUACCAACCGGAGGAUGUAUUGAUGGUAUAAAGUUGUCGAAUGUGGCCACGUGUCUCAAAAUAUCCCCACAGGGAGAAUAUAUGGCAACUGCGCACAUCGGGGGAGUUGGAAUUUCACUAUGGACCAACAAAUCGCAAUUCCAUCCUGUUUCCACCAAAAGCAUCGAAGACGAAUCCGAGUUUGCGAACAUGAUGCUUCCAAACGUGAGUGGUGAAGGAGGAGCAUCUGUUCUUGAAGGGGCCUUUACACAAGCAGAUCAAGAUACUCAGUCUGGUGUUUACAUCUCUCCCGAGCAGUUGGAUCAGAGUCUUGUUACAUUGUCACAUUGCUCUAGGACAAAAUUUAGCACUUUGCUACAUUUAGAUACCAUUAAGGAAAGAAACAAGCCUACAGAGCCCGUCAAGAAGCCGGAAUCAGCUCCUUUCUUUAUGCAAAUCAGUGCAGAUUCAAACGGAACACAGGCCGAAACAGAGAAGCAUUCUGAAGAUGCCGAGAAGGAUGCUUCAUCUAGAAUUUUGGAUAUUAAAGACACCGCAUCGGCUGCCUUCGAAUCCCGAUUUACCAAAUUGUUAAGGCAGGCAGCCGAAUCACCAACAAGGGACUAUUCUGCAUUUAUUGAAUAUCUAAUAGACCUUUCACCAGCUUCCACCGAUUUGGAAAUAAAGUCUCUUUCUUUCAAGACUCCAUUUGAUGAGGCUACUUGGUUCCUCGAGGCCCUAAUUCAGGGAUUUAACGAAAAGAAGAGCUUUGAAUUGCUCGUAGCAAUUUAUUCAAUGUUUCUAAGGCAGCAUGGAGAUAUCAUAUAUGAAAUGAGAAAUAACGCCGAAGAAGAUGUUAUCACUACAAGGUUCCUUGAGAAAUUAGAUGAGUGCGAUAAAGUCACCUCAAGCGAAACUUCCGGCUUGGACAAGCUUACAAAGUAUUGUGCAGGUGUUGUUGACUUUGUUAUGGCUGCAUGA